CGUGCCAUGGCUGCUGUGUUGUUAUUGGGCAGCACAUCUUUCACAGCAUCCAACUCUCGGGACAGGGCACCGGCCUGCUGCAGUUAUACUUGGCAGUCCGCUGCGCAUCUGACCCAGGACAUCAUCUUCUGCCAAAAACACAGAGCUGAGACACACGCAAGGCGGGCUCAGCGGACCCCAGAGAGAAGGCGUUUUCAAGCAGGAAGUGGGUGAAACUGUCUCGGGGGGAGGUUCGGAGAGAACAAGAAGACUGGUCUGAAACUCUCCUCACCAGCCAUGUCGAGUGAACGCACACCUCUGAUCACCUCUGGGGUGUGCGGUCUGUCUGUGACCGCAGCGGCAUGUGGUGCAGCCCCGGACCCCGCCACAGAAUCCAGCUCUGAGAAUCCCAGUAAAGACCCUCGUAAAUUGAACACCUUUUUCGGGGUGAUGGUGCCGACCAUCCUCUCCAUGUUCAGCAUUGUGCUGUUUCUGAGAACAGGGUUUGUGGUUGGUCAUGCGGGGCUGUUACAGGGUCUUUUAAUGGUGAUUGUAGCCUACACCAUUAUAUCUCUUACAAUACUGUCUAUCUGUGCCAUUUCUACCAACGGUGCUAUACAAGGCGGUGGAGCCUACUACAUGAUCAGUCGGUCUCUGGGUCCAGAGUUUGGAGGAAGUAUUGGUUUGAUGUUCUUCCUGGCCAAAGUGUUUGCAUGUGGGGAGUAUGUUCUUGGUCUUGUGGAGGCCAUACUUGACGUAUUUGGUUCAGAUGCUGAGUCAUCUCUGUCAGGGCGGGUACCAGUACUUCCUCAGGGUUACUGGUAUACAGUUUUAUACUCCUCAGUAGUCCUUCUUCUAUGUCUGCUUGUGUGUUUGGUGGGCGCCCACAUCUACUCCCGCACCGCCUUCGUCAUCCUGCUGGUGGUCACUGUAUCCUUGCUUUCCAUCUUCAUCAGUUCUGUGGCAGUGAAACCUCACGACUUUGUCAUCACCCGUAAGGGAUCUGGUAACCAGACCCUCCGCUACAACGCCAGCUACACGGGCUUCAGUGCUACCACGCUGAGGAAUAACCUGGGCUCUGGUUACUCUUUGGACUACAGCACCAACACUGUCAUGUCUUUUGCCACCGUGUUUGCCAUCAUGUUCACCAGCUGCACUGGGAUCAUGGCCGGAGCCAAUAUGUCAGGGGAGCUGAAGACUCCGAGUGUUUCCAUCCCUAAAGGCACCAUCGUCGCCGUCUUUUACACUUUCACAGUCUACGUCCUCCUCUUCCUCCUGGUCAGCGCCACCUGUGACAGGACCCUGUUGAUUCAGGAUUAUGGGUUCUUCCAGCGCAUAAACAUCUGGCCCCCGUUCGUCACUAUUGGGAUAUACUGCGCCUCGCUGUCAGCUGCAAUGUGCGCUAUGAUUGGGGCAUCACGUAUCCUCCAUGCUCUCGCUCUGGAUCAACUCUUUGGUCUGCCGUUAGCCCCAGCUGCCAUCACAUCAAGCUCGGGGAAUCCAUGGGUGGCAGUGCUGUACACCUGGGGCCUGGCACAGUGUGUAGUGUUUGCAGGCCAGCUCAAUGCUGUAGCAAGCUUGGUGACUGUUUUCUACUUGCUUGCCUUCGCUGCUGUUGACCUGGCCUGUUUGGCUCUUGAGUGGGCGUCAGCACCAAAUUUCAGACCGACCUUCCAGCUCUUCUCCUGGCACACCUGCCUCCUGGGGAUUCUCAGCUGUUUAGUCAUGAUGUUCGUCAUUAACCCCGUGUAUUCCUCAGGCAGCAUCGUCCUGCUGCUACUGCUGCUCCUUUUCCUCCACUACAGAUCGCCAACCAGCAGCUGGGGCUACAUCAGCCAGGCUCUCAUAUUCCAUCAGGUGCGAAAGUAUCUGUUGAUGCUGGAUGUGAGGAAAGACCACGUGAAGUUCUGGAGGCCGCAGGUGCUGUUAAUGGUGGCCAACCCUCGCUCUUCCUGUCAGCUCAUCCUGUUUGUCAACCAACUGAAAAAGGGAGGACUCUAUGUGUUGGGCCAUGUGCAGCUGGGCGAUCUGGACACCCUGCCGUCAGACCCAGUCCAGCAGCAGUAUAACUUCUGGUUGAGCCUAGUUGAUAAACUCGGAGUGAAGGCCUUUGUAGAUCUGACGCUGUCUCCUUCUGUCAGACAGGGAACACAGCAUCUGCUGCGCAUUACAGGUUUAGGUGGCAUGAAGCCGAACACGCUGAUUCUUGGUUUCUAUGACAGCUGCACUCCUGAGGACUUCUUUCUACAAGAUACUGCAUUCUGUGACUCAUCAAUAGGUCAAAGUAAUGAGGGAGAAUAUAAUUUUGGGGUUGACCUGCCUUCAUUACAGGCCCAUUUCCCUCCAGUCCGACACGUUGAGAGCCCGCGCUGGCUAUCACCAGAGGAGUACGUUGGGAUCAUUUCUGACGCUAUUAAAAUGAACAAGAACGUCUGCCUUGGCCGCUAUUUCUUCCAGUUAGAGGGAGAGGGUAAAGAUAGUAAGGUCGACGGAUCAGAGCGCACAAUAGAUGUGUGGCCUCUUAACCUGCUCCAGCCAGGCAGCCGUGAUUACGAAGACGUGUGCAGCCUCUUUCUGCUGCAGAUGGCCUGUGUGCUCAACAUGUCCAGCAAAUGGCGCCAUGCAAGAAUGAGAAUCUUCCUGAAUGUGGAGACUGAGUCCAGCGACCAGGGCUGGGUGGUAAACGAAGAGACGUUUCGAGAGUUGCUGAGGAAGCUGCGGAUCAGGGCUGCGAUAAAGAUUGUGCCAUGGGACUCUGUGGUGCAGCACCAUGCUCAGCCAGACAGGGAGCAUUCUGCAGAGCAGCCACAAGCUCUUUCUGAGGGCUUCUUGUCGGCGGUGAACUGUAUGUUAGUGGAGAACAGCUCGCAAGCUGCUGUUCGCUUCCUGUAUUUACCUCGACCCCCUGCUCAUCACAGUCAGGCACAGCAGUACGUAGCUCAGCUAGAGGCGGUGACCAGUGGUUUAGGGCCAACGCUUCUGAUUCAUGGUGUAACACCGGUCACAUACACUGAUCUCUGAGCAUGUGCAGUCAGGAG